AUGGCCUCUUUAAUUGUCUUGUCAGGUGUAGUAGGUUAUUACCUCUACAAAGAGAAUAAAGAUCGCAAAGAGAAGAAACUCGGUACUAAGAAUAUAGGUGCAAUGACCGGCCCAGGCAUCGCUGUUUCAACAGCAAUUGGGCAAAACAAGUUAGGGGAACUAGAACAGUACGAGGAAAUACCUCCAACGUACCAAAAUGUCUUAAUUCCACCUCCUGCUCAAUAUACCCAUGAAUUAUCAUACACCUCUACAAAUGACAAUGAUCGACCUGUACUGAAAUCGAACAAGGAACCGGAAAAGAAGAAUAAGAGAAGAUCAAGAUUUUUCAGGAAACCUGGUUCUCUUCAGGAAUAG